AUGUGUGGUCUAUUGGUAUUUGGAGUUGAGGUAGAAAAAACCUAUGGUACAGCUUAUUAUGGCAUGAUUAAUUUCUGGUUAAUGAUGCUCAGUAAUAUUGCUAACAUGCUUUUUACAGCACUAAUGGUUUAUCUUGUCCCUGCUGAAUACAGAGGCGGCAAAGAAAAUUUCUUCUAUUGUGGAGUUGGAUACUCUAACAUAUUAUUCGGAUUGUCUAUAAUAUUUGCUUACAAAGGAAAUUAGCAAUAGAACUUUUUCGGAUUAUGCAAGUUUGAGAAGAAGUAUGUACCCUGGUUUUACAUGAUUCUAAUCUUCUUCACGAUUCCCAACUCCUCAUUUAUUGGACAUUUCUUGGGUAUUGUAUCUGGUCUUAUGAUUAAAUUUGGCGGAUUGUAUGUAUUAUUCCCAGAUUAUGAAUGGAUAGCUUCAUUUGAUGGUUCUUUCGAGCAUUACCUAAGAGGACUAAGAUAUUUAAAGGCAACAGAUGAAAUUACAUAAGAUUUUGAUAGCUACAUGUGGACAUCUAUGUUGAGGAAAAUAAGAAUGGCCUUUCUAAAAAUCAGACAUAAGUUACUUGGCUAUGAAUAUGUAAGACCUAUGCCAGAUCCUGUCAUAUGCCCAGAUUCUAUAGAAUUAGUCACUCGUUGA